UGUAUUUGUGUGAAACACCGCAUUUCUUUGUGACGUAGUCAAAGUUUACAAACAUUAACGUAUCAGCUCGAGCACCGCGACAGAACCUACAAAGUACAGCUUGUUCGUCUUAGUGUUGAAUCUGCCUUUUUGUUUGCGAUGUACUGUGGAUUUACGUUACAGUAGUUUCAAUUGUUAGCUCGGUGUAGUGUCAUAGCCGGUUCCCCUUUCGAAUAUUGUUUCCCUCCUGUCAAAAAUGCGUAGCGCCCCCCUCCGUGGUUAGGGAUAAGGUUAGGUUCAGGCUAAGUUAGGGGGAAUUAGCCCGAUAACGUUAGCCAGGUAACAUAGUUAGACCAGUAACAACGUAAGCCCGGUAACGUUAGCCCUGUAACAACGUUAGCCCGGUUCCUUCGCUCAUUUGUAACGUUCACGUUCAACAUGGAGCAGCCAGCCAGCGUCAACGCAGAUCCUGUUCAACGGUCUGACAGUACCGGUCGGUGCACACAAUGGCGAAACUGGAGUGGAUUCUGGCUCCUCGGAUUGUGCAACAACUUUGCUUAUGUGGUCAUGCUGAGCGCCGCCCAUGACAUCCUCAAAAAACAAGAGACCGCAAACACCACAGCAUCUACUUCAGCCACGUUGGCCAUGGAUUUCCAAGGUGGGAACAGUAGCAACAGUAGCCACUACGACUGCAAUCCUGUCUCUACUGCGGCUGUGCUGUUAGCUGACAUCCUCCCAACGCUCGUCAUCAAGUUGUCUGCUCCCUUUGUGAUCCACAAACUGCCUUAUGGCUUCCGAGUGUUGUUCUGCGCCAUCAUGGCAGCAACAAGUUUCCUCCUCGUGUCCUUCUCCUCAGCUGUGUGGAUGAGCAUUCUAGGAGUGAUCUUCGCCAGUAUCAGCGCUGGACUGGGAGAGCUGUCCUUCCUCUCUCUCACUGUCUACUUCAGCAGGGAUGUACUGGGAGGCUGGGGCUCAGGUACCGGUGGCGCUGGUGUUGCUGGAGCCUUGCUCUACUCGGGCCUCACCCAAAUCGGCCUGUCGCCCCAGAUCACGCUCCUCAUCAUGCUGGUGGUCCCGUUUGCUAUGUUGUUCAGCUAUUUCUUCCUGCUGGUUCUUCCACCUUCAUUACCGCAGUGGAAAAGCCGGGAUCCAGAAUACACAGCCGUGGGCUCCGAGGAUAGACAGCGGCUGAUGGAUGAUUCAGAGGAAGAGGAGCAGGAGAAAUCAACCCCAGAGGAGAGGACCACCGGACCUCUCACCCUCACAGAGAAACUUCAUGUCAUCAAAGGCUUGCUGAGGUUUGUGCUUCCCCUGGGACUGGUCUACUUCGCCGAGUACUUCAUCAACCAGGGCUUGAUGGAACUGCUGUAUUUCCCCAAAUCUUCCCUGUCCCAUGCAGAGCAGUACCGCUGGUACCAGACGCUGUACCAAGUUGGUGUGUUGGUGUCUCGAUCCUCCCUGUGCUGCUUCAAGUGCAGGAAACUGUGGACUCUCUCUUUGCUGCAGGUGCUGAACGCAGUGCUGCUCCUGUUGGCAGUGAGUUACCAGUUCCUGCCAAACGCCUGGGUGGUGUUCCCGAUUAUCUUCUAUGAGGGUCUGCUGGGUGGAGCUGCGUAUGUCAACACCUUCUACUUCAUCAGCAAGGAGACUGAAGACAGACAGAGGGAGUUUGCCAUGGCUGCUGCCAGCGUAGGAGACAGUCUGGGCAUAGCUCUGGCUGGACUCGCUGCCUUCCCCGUCCACAGACACUUCUGUUCCCUGUGACCCAGCCCACACACUUGCACCAGCAGGAUGAAAAAGCAAGACGUGGAUUCCUAAUCACCACCAGUGAGCCAUCCAGAGAGAGGUGGACUCGCUUCCUAACCAACUUCCACUGAUCAACUAAUGCUGCUUUUUGGGAUACACAUGCCGGGCCGUGCUGUGAGCAACCAUGACAGAGCCCGUUAUCCCAUGAUAUAAGUAGUUUUCAACAGGGAGGCAUGGUAAAAGCUUACGCUACUUAAUAAUGUGUUUGGAGUUUGCUUGUUUGCACAAAUUGCACUAAAGGCCAUUUU